UCUUCCAUUCUUCCAAUCAUGAUCAUCUAACAAUUCCUUACAACAAAACACUCCUCUUUCUUACCUCUCUCCCUCUCUGUAUGGUUGGUUGGUUGGUUGAAAGUAUCAUUUAAAGUUGCUUCUUUUCCAGUCUAGAAUGGCCGAGUACUCCAUCAUAGCACACAAUAAAUAGCAUGUGCGAAUCUAUCAUUGGAUGUGCCUCUUGAACCAUCUGCUGGCAAGGAUCGGGGAAGUCUCCCUGGUAGGUAGGUCGGUGAUGGGCAUACGCGCAGCAUCCUUUCUACGGAAACACUUAGGUUCCCGGCCAUUUGGUUGUCUGUUCUGAAGCAUAUGGAGAGGUGCUUGCACGAUAUAUUAGUAAUAUGUGGACCACGUACCGCAAGAGCUCGCGCUUUAACCGCCGAUUGGUCUUUGGAUCCCAGUAAAAUGCUCGUUCCUAUGAUCUAUGAAAGUACAAGUAGAGUAGUCUCUCCGUACUUCUCUAGGUCUGUACAUUUCUCAUGUUGAACUUGGCGAAAUCCGAUACUGAGCGCUUAGGUCGCCAAAGACCGCCUCAAUUCAAGACGGUAUGGGUCGAAAUUGGAUUUGUGUACGUCAGAACUUUCCGUUCUUUUAGAAUUGCUCUGCGCGUUUAUUCGAUUUUAAUGAUCAGAAUGAUUCCUUUCUGUCAUGACUUCAAAUCUUUCCGAUGAUUUAAAUACCUUAGAUGGUUUCAAUUUUCCAAAGGAGCCGAACGACCAAACUUCCCGACAAUACGAUGGUUCUUUUUACCCCCAAAUUCUCCGUUAAAUGCUGAUGUGUGGUAUAUCUUUAGAUUUUCUACUUGCGUUUCUCAGAUUCUUUCGGUAUGUCAAUUUAAGCAUCUAAACAACGUUUGAUUCUUACGCCAUAUAUGCAGGAGUAUUUUGUUAGCGGAUUUGCUGUUGUUGUCCCAGAUCUCAUGAAAGAUCUUAAUAUCCCAAUAUCUUCAUCAACAUGGCCAGCGGCGGCUUAUUCCCUGAUGGUCUCAUCUGUAAUGUUACCAUUAGGUAGACUGGCGGAUAUAUAUGGUGGGCGACCUGUUUACAUCGCUGGUCUCUCGUGGCUUGCACUCUGGUCGUUAAUCGCUGGAUUUUCAAAAGAUCAGUAUAUGCUUGAUAUAUGCCGAGCGUUGCAGGGGCUCGGCCCAGCUGCAUUCAUGCCAUCAGGGAUGAUGUUAUUAGGCCGAACAUAUCGACCAGGGCCGAGAAAGAAUCUUGUUUUCAGUGAGUGGCCAUCGAAAGACAACGAUUACGCAUCUAACCACUUCAAGGCAUAUAUGGUGCAUGUGGAGCGGCUGGCUUUUUCAUUGGCAUCUUUUUCGCUGGGUUGACUGCCGAAUACACUACAUGGGCAUGGUAUGUGCAACAUAUUGUUUUAGCCAUUUUCAUUAAUUCGUUCUUAGGUUUUUCUGGAUUGGGGCUAUUUUGUCCUUCAUAAGUGUCGCCACUGCGACAGUCUGCAUUCCAUCCGAAAAUGAUAGGCACGAGGGGCUUCAGAUGGACUGGCUUGGAUCGGGGCUUUUGGCAACUAGUUUCAUACUUUUCGUUUUUGCCUUGACACAGAGCGCCUAUGCGCCGAAGGGAUUCAAGACACCUUAUAUCAUUAUUACAUUCGUGUCUGGGAUAGUACUCUUUGCAAUCGCUAUGUACGUCGAACGAUACGUUGCAAGUCAGCCCCUCCUGCCAUAUUCGAUCUUUGCCGUCCCAAGAAUGAAAGCUCUCUUCGUUGCCUUAUUCUUCACCUAUGGAAGCCUCGGAGUCUUUCUUCUCUAUGCCACAUUCUACUGCACCAACAUAAUGGGCGCUUCUUACCUUCAACUUGUUGCUUGGUUUGUCCCGCUCGCUGUCGGUGGAUGUUUGAUAGGCACGUUCGGCGGCUUUAUACUCCAUUUGAUCCCCGGUACAGUUCUAAUCACCUUCUCUGGCAUAUGCUGGAUCAUUGCUCCUUUGCUCUUCGCACUCGCUCCGAAAAAUGCAUCAUUUUGGGCGUGGGUAUUUACAGCAAUGACUUGUGCAACACUCGGCAUAGAUAUAACAUUUAACGUCACAACAAUCUUCAUCACUACUUCUCUGUCAUCGUCUCAGCAGGGUCUUGCUGGCGCUCUGAUCAACUCCAUUAUGCAAUUUUCUAUCGCCGUAUGCUUAGGUUUCUCGGAAAUUAUUGCAAACUCGGUGCUGAAGAAAGGCGGGAGUUUACGACAUAGUUAUAAAGCAGUGUUUUGGUUUGAAGUCGCCUGUGCGAGCACUGCAUUGUGUAUCCUAAUUCUUUUUUGCAGGAUUGGCUCGGCAAAGGCGGGACCUACAGACGAGGAAAGGCAAGAUGCGGGAAAGGAGAAUGAUGAUGCGGAUAGUGCGGCCAGCACAGAGAAGAUGGCCCGGUCUCCCUCUGAAAAUCAUUCUGAAAACUUAUCUUCCUCUUCCGACUCGCUCAACCAACGCGUAUGUUAAGAUUCGGUAACUCGAUGCAAACUUUGAAUGGGCAUAUAUAUAUUUAAAAACUGGUACUCUCGUUUCUGGGCAUUGGGGCUAUGGAGGGAUAGUACGCGAUCAAUUUCGAGGAGUUGGCACGGAUGAUACCUCAAUCUAGGACAAUAUAAGAUAGUUUUGGAGUAUUGACGGGAUUUCAUUUUUUUUUUGAUUCAGGUAGCGAGGUUAAAGGAAGUGUGAUAUUGAGUUUAUAGAGCUGGCACUGGGGUUGGGAACACAGUCAUUUGGUGAAACGUUGGAUACUUGGACCGGACUUCAAAAGUGUGGAUGAAAGAUACGGAUGGGGCUGUGUUAGCGUUAUGAUUAUGAUUAUAAAUUUUGGAAAUUUUAAGACUU